AUGGGUAGCCCUUUCGUUCUUUCUCGCGCCACAGGCUGGCGGCGGUCGGCUGCCGUUAAUACGAUUCUUCUCGCGCUUCUUUUCGCCGCCCUCGUCACCUCGACCUUCUUCGUUGGCGAGCAGACACAGUCGUUUCUGGGCAAUUACUUCUUUUACAUGGGCGACUGCGACAGGACUAAGAUUUACAGUUUAGUUACGCAUCUCGCCCUCAAUGUCGUGGCGACUCUGGUCUUCUCGGCGGCCAACUUUGGAAUGCAGAUUCUCAACGCUCCGACGAGAGACGAAGUCGAUGCCGCGCACGCUCGAAGCAGGUCGGUAGAGGUCGGGGUGCCUUCCCUGAGCAACCUCUUCUUCGUCCUAUCCAAGUUUAAGGUUUUUGCUUGGCUGCUCCUCAUGGUCGUUUCCCUCCCCCUUCACAUGUUGUUCAAUAGUGCCGUCUUUAUGACCGAUUUCCCUGGGCGAGAGUGGAACUUGACGAUUGCUGCGGAGCCAUUCUUGAACGGCGCAGACUUCUUCAUCCCCGGCGCUAGUCUAGCCAUGCCUGGAUUUGAGGAGGGAUACGGCCGGUUGAUUAAUGCUAGCACUCUCUUAACGGACGCCUCACGAAUGAGCCUAGAGCUCCGAGCCAUCGCGGCGACCGGCACGAAAUGGAAACGUCUAGACCCCGCGAAAUGCCGGAAAAAGUAUCUCAAGUGCCAUGGCGGACAGAAUUUCAAGGACCUCAUCGUCGUAGUCAACACUGCAGGAAGCACCGGCACAACCCAGGGCUGGACCCGAUCCCAAGUCUUCGACCUCGCACCCCCGGCCGCGGCGCAGUGGGAUAGACUCGUUCCGAGCAAUAGCAUGAAUUCGUUGUGGUUCUCGACCGCCUGUGAGAUGGUGUCGAAACCGGCAAAGGGUACCACGGCGUGCACGCAAACUUGCGCGAAUGCUCUUGGUAUCCACGACGAGUCCGACAUCACAAGCCCGCUCAACCCGCUGGGCGGAAAUGACACUUGGACGAUAAAAUUUCAAGCUUCGCCCAACCAGUUCGGAGACGUGACAACGGGCUUUUCGAGGGCGGGGUUCAAGUUUGGGGAAUUUAAUGAAUUGGAUGUUCAGUACUGCCUGGCCCAGGAGUCUAAACCGGUGUGUAAGUUGGGCGUGUCGCCCCUCAUGAUGGGGCUCUCGGCCUUGUGCAUCGCCUUCAUCGCAUCGCUACUACUAUUAAUCCUCAAGAACACUACCGAAGACACACUAGUAACUCCCGGGGACGCCAUAUCGUCUUUUAUCACGAAGCCGGACCCGACUACAGAAAACAUGUGCACAUUAACAAUAUCCGACAAGGUCGGUCCAGCGUCACGACUCUUUGCGAGAAAAAGAGGCCAAACCUUUGGUCUCGAAGCCCCCAGGGAAUGGUCUCGUCGCACGAACUACAAGGGCGCUAGCGUGUCUCCUCUUAGUUGGUUCCUAACGUACGCCUUUCAACUCUGGUCCUUGGGCGUCCUCAUUUUUCCUACUUCCGGUUUGGGCCGCGCAACACGGAAAACGGCCGGAUGA